UGGCAUCGCUACCUCUGAGUUCGAAGCGUGAGCAAACUACACGGCCUUGGAGAUCUGAAUCAGGAAUAAGGGAGCAGCAUCGUUUCCGCCCGGAAAUUGAGUGCUUGCGACAGACUUUACUUAGGAGAUUCUUGGCAUUAGAAUCCAAGUAAACAUGAGAAAAUCAGGAGUAUCUGUUGGAUUAUCAUAGCAAUCUCCGCUUGCGAUUACAUAGACAUUGACCGCCCUGAGUGAUUUUUAGUACAACGCUGAUGGGGGCGGUUUUACUGGCUAGGCCUGAAUUGUGAAGCACUGCCUUGGAAGUGCUAGUGCUGCUUUGAUUAUCGUUGAAGACGUUCAUGGCAGCGUUCUACCCGUGGUCUGUGCAAGCGGCGCCGCUAGGGCAAGUGCCUGAAGAGACUAGUGGAAUUAUUACGCCAGUAGAUCCAUUAGGUCCAGGUUAUGAGUUUGAUAUGGCCAUCACGCAACCACCCUCGGCUCUUCAGCCACAGCUUCUCUCAUCUCCUCCACCAGCACGGACACAUACUUCGACAUCGUCAACCACAGCGACAACAACAUUUACGACGGCGAGCACGACGCCAAUAACGGCUAUUCCACGCCCUUUACCCGUCCCAAGGCCGCAGGCCACGUCUCACAGACCCCGCCCAGUUUCAAUGCCUCCACAGGCAUUCAGUACUUCAACUCCAACAAGUUCUUCAGACCGCGACAGACAGCCGACCACAGACUCAAAACACCGCCAGACUAGAGAUGGCUCAACUAGCAAACAAGGUCGAAGUUCCAACCGCAUCCUUGGUGACUAUACCUUGACCAAGACACUUGGAGCUGGUAGCAUGGGCAAGGUCAAAUUGGCUAUUCAUAAUGUCACAGAAGAGAAGCUCGCCGUCAAAAUCCUCCCCCGGGUCUAUCCGCAGGCUUCCCAGUCAAAUGGUUCAAAUGCGAACCCAGAAGCUGUUGCAAAGCAGGCCUCAAAAGAUGCUUCGAAAGAGAUACGCACUCUCCGUGAGGCUGCCCUCUCCAUGCUUCUCCAUCACCCGUACAUCUGCGGCAUGCGUGAGAUGAUCGUUCAUCAACAUCAUUACUACAUGAUAUUCGAAUAUGUAAACGGCGGCCAGAUGCUUGACUACAUCAUCAGUCAUGGUCGCUUGCGAGAACGUGUCGCUCGCAAGUUCGCUCGUCAGAUAGGAAGUGCGCUCGAUUACUGUCAUCGGAACAAUGUGGUUCAUCGAGAUCUCAAAAUCGAGAACAUCCUCAUCUCUGAGACAGGUAACAUCAAGAUCAUCGACUUUGGCCUGUCCAAUCUCUACGACCCUUGCUCUACUCUGUCGACCUUCUGUGGCUCCCUAUACUUUGCAGCUCCCGAGCUCCUUAAUGCGAAGGUCUACACAGGACCAGAAGUUGAUGUCUGGAGUUUUGGUGUUGUCUUGUAUGUGCUCGUCUGCGGCAAAGUGCCCUUCGACGAUCAGAGCAUGCCCGCACUGCAUGCAAAAAUUAAGCGCGGACUAGUCGAGUAUCCUGUGUGGUUAAGCGCAGAAUGCAAGCAUUUGCUCUCCCGCAUGCUUGUCACUAAUCCCGCUGUACGUGCUUCGCUCACCGAGGUACUUGAACAUCCAUGGAUGGUUCGCGGCUUUAAUGGUCCCCCUGACUCACACAUGGUUAUCCGGGACCCGCUCCGCGCUGAUGAUAUUGAUAAGCAAGUCAUCAAAGGCAUGCGAGGCUUCGAAUUUGGAACCGAGGAGGAAAUCGAACGAAACCUCCGAAAAGUGCUCGAAUCUGACGCUUAUAUCCGCGCGGUCCAGGCAUGGGACCGCAAGCGUGGUCGCAAUGGCGCGAAUCAACGGUUCGAGUUCUCUAACUCUUCCCUCGCCAUAUCCUUCGAUGGAUCGGCCACGAAUACUCACAAGAAUGAGACUACCCCUUCGAAGAAGUCGAAGCGUUUCUCCGGAUUUGACUUUUAUCGUCGGAAGCUGUUCUCUCCAACUUCGUCGCCACCUGCCACCCCUUCCCACUCGCCGCCUACCUCACAAUCGCUUCUUUCCAUUGGCGAUGGCGCGCGCGAUCCCCUCGAUCCAACGCAGGGAUUCCAUCCUCUGGUCGCUAUGUAUUACCUCUCCCGCGAGAAGUUGGAGCGCGAACGUGUCUAUGGCCCCGGGCGCUUUGCUAGCUCUCAACUCUCCCUCCAAACGGCUGCCCCUGCCAAUGCACCCACCGCUGAUGCUCCUGCACCACCUCCCUACCCGACCAAGGUCUUCUCUCAAGCCCCUCCUGUCAAGAAGGAGCAACAGCAGCUCCCCACGCCUGCAUCUACUAAAGCAGACUACAGCAUGCCUCUCCCGCGCCUGCCCGCGCCUGAGACGUCGCACUACUCCGACAUGUCCUAUGACGCGGCAUCCGCUGCGGCGUCGCCGACCUCGGCUACAUUCCACGGACAAGGGAGAGCACGUGACUCGGGGCUGCCCCCACCACCUGCUACGAAACGCAUCGAUAUUCCAUCUACGCCAACACCCGGGCCGGCAACAGCACUCCCGCGCGCCCCGCCUGCAUCUACUCACCGCCGCAGCCACAGUAUGAGCCAGAGACCAACUGCGCUCCGUGGAUGGGGUGGAGUGUUCGUCAGUGGCGAAAGCCGUGUAGACGAGCACGGUGAGGAGCAGGUCCCCCAUACGGCUGGUCUGGAGGGUGAAUUUGCGGAUCAGGAUAAUGUUUUAUCUGAGGACGACCGUGUGCACACGCAUGAAGGUCCGUUGUCCGCUGGCGCGACACUCGUGCGCAGGUUUGGCACACUUCUUGUUGGAAAGGGCGAUGAUGCCAAGCGGAGUAUUGGGAAGCGGACGACGAUGUUGGGUGGUGCGCCAUUGCGACCCUCAGGGGAUGAUGGCGAGAAGACUUCUGAUGGGUCUUGGAAGCAGGGUGCAGACGCUGAUAUGCGCAGAUCGAGCAUCAUUCCUCCUCAACCUAUUGCUGCUAGCCAGAGCCAGCCUCUCGGAAAUGUACACAGGCGGGCUGCCACGAUCCUUGAUCCCCAGGGUCGCCAGAUACGGCAUGAACGCCGGAGUAGCACUGGUGGAGCUUUGCUGCCUAGUAUCGGUGGAACCAUCGGACGACACCGGCGGCCAUCGACUGGUUAUGGGACGAGCAGCGGCCGUCCAACUGGCUUGAGUGGUUUUGGACGCACUGAAAAGGUGGAGGAGAAUGUUGAGCAGGAGGCAGUUGAUCAAGACGAGAGCUUCAAGGAUGGGCAGAGUGGACACCAUAGCGACAAGGAAUUCAAGCCUGUGCAUCUUAAAGGGCUUUUCAGUGUUGCGACCACUUCUACUAAACCUCCCUCCGUGCUCAAGGCUGAUAUCAAGAAGGUCUUGGACCGAAUGCAAGUUCAAUAUCGGGAGACACGGGGUGGCUUUGAGUGCAUUCAUAUACCAUCCAUUGACAUUUCGUCUGUCCCCGAAUCAACUCAGGCCCAAGCGCGCUCUAGCCAUCACCGCAGGACUGGUUCUAGUGGCUCCAACGAGACCGGAAUAACGGCUCGAUCGCUUGUCAAGAAAGCGUCGAAGAUGUCUUUCGGUAUGAAGUCUAAGGAGCGGGAAAGAGAGAGCAUCAAGGAGAAAGAGCAAGAGGCUCCCUUAGAAAAAGAGCUCCCUCACAGGCCAUCAAUUGGGACUGCAUUGAGCGCCACCCCGAGCAGCGGAUCAUCUUCAUUCUUUAACGUCUCCUCUAACACCCAUACCAUUAUGGCGGACAAUUCUCGGCAUAGCGAAGCCGCGUCGGGGACACCCCAUGAGGAACAGUUCCGCUCACAUUCACCGGCAAAGGGCAAGGUUCUACCGCCUAUACCCCGCGACUUUGUUGCUACACCACAACCGCAGGCCUCGAGGCCAGCACCCUUCCCUACCGGUGAAGUUGAUCGUGAAGUAUUCGAGUCUAUCGGUGCCAGUUCACUAUCAGUCCGUUUUGAAAUUAACAUUAUUAAGGUUCCUUGGUUGCCGCUCCACGGUAUACAGUUCCGAAGGGCUGGUGGCGAUGGUUGGCAAUACCAGAUGCUUGCGCGGAGAGUUCUUACUGAGCUUAAGCUAUGACCCAUCGCUCUCGUGGCCCCCAUUAUGAUCCGCAUUCUUAUGCUCAAUGUUCUAUCUUUUGUGAGAUAUCUUCUUCUUUAUGGUUCUCUCCGCUUCCUCUCCUGUUUAAAACGGUUAGACACGACGCGUCACAGGUGUUCCGUUCCUACGCUGCCGAAUACUUACUUGCCCGCACAUUUCUCAUAUGUAUCAAUGCUUCUCUCGAGGACGGCAAUAAUACCUAUCUUACAUGUUCUUCCAUCUUGCUUUGGAAGUACUGUACAGAUCGAUGGAACUGUGGAAGAAAUUCGUACUACCUUGUCGCUUCAGCUGUGUCGCGAAGAUUUAAACUGAAUUCAGAAUCGUUCAGCGUCACCUG